AUGGCGGCGCGCGCGGAGCCGCCGCCGGCAGAGUUCGAGCGGCGCGUGCUGCGGAGCGCGGCCCCGCACCACUAUCUGCGCGUGCGCCUGGAGCUGCCCGACGGCGGGGCCCGGCCGAACGCCGCGCAGUUCAAGCAGCUAGUGGUGUCGGCGCUGAGGGAGCUGCACGGAGAGGUUGGAGCAGCUUUGCCUGUUGAUGUUUUAACAUAUGAGGAAAAAACUCUAUCUGCCAUAUUAAGAGUUAUUAGCAGUGGCCUUGUCAAGCUGUGGAGUGCUCUAACCUUGCUGGGCUUCUACCAGAACAGGAGGUGUGCCUUCCGGGUGCUGCAGACAUCUCCGUUUCUUCUCGCAUUAUCUGGCAACAGUAGAGAACUAGUCCUGGACUGAACGUGGUUGUUGGUUUGGUAGUAUGAAGCAGAAGUUUCUGGAGAUGUUGCAGCCCUUCGGGCGUGGAAUUUCUGGAGGAAUGUUCCGACAAAGAGCCUUGACAAAGCUAACGUUUAUCAACUCACUGCUUGGACAUCCAGCACUUCAAAGUUUACACAUAAAAGUUGGAGACAAAGCUGAACUUACCAAAGCUUUUACACAGAAUGAUGUUGUUACUUUUUCCUGCUUAACGGGUGACACAAAUCCUUUGCAUUUAAAUGAAGAGUUUGCAAA